AUGUCUUUACGUCUUCCUGCUAACCAAACAGCCGGUCUCUUUAAAAACGGUUACAAAUCUUAUUCCUCUGCUGAUGGCGCUGUUGGUAGAAAUGUUGAAGCUGUUAAUGAAAUUACAAACAUUUUACUAACUUCAAUGGGUCCAUGUGGUAAAAAUAAAAUCAUAGUAAACCAUCUCCAAAACAUAUUCAUAACAAAUGACUGUUCAACUAUUUUAGGCCAAUUAGAUGUUGUCCAUCCAAUUGUUAAAAUCUUAAUCAUGGCAACUCAACAACAAAAGGACGAAUUUGGAGACAACUCCAACUUUCUAUUAAAUUUUGCCUCUGAACUAUUGAAAAAUUCUUUGCAUUUAAUCAAUCUUGGUUUAAAACCUAUCGAAAUCAUCCAAGGUUAUAACAAGGCUAAAAAUUUCAUCCUAAAUGAUGAAUCAAUUAACCAAAUCUUAUCAAUUGAUAAAAUUACAAACUUCCUAAGCAAAUCUCAACUAACAAAGAUCAUUAAACCAGUAGUAGCAUCAAAACAAUACGGUUCCGAAGAUUUCUUAGCAAACUUAAUAAUCGAUUCAGUUUUAAACGAAUACAUCAUUAAAAAUUUCAAUGUCGAUAGCAUUAGAGUAGUCAAAAUCAUGGGUUCAACUCUUUUAAACUCUUUCGCCAUCAAAGGUAUGGUUUUCCCCAGAGAACCUGAAGGUCAUGUCAAAUCAAUCUUAAAUAAAUCGAAGGUGGCUGUCUUUACAUGUCCAAUUGAUAUCUCAGCUACUGAAACUAAAGGUACUGUUUUACUCCACAAUGCUCAGGAAAUGUUGGACUUUUCAAAGGGUGAAGAAAAUCAAUUAGAUUCAAUUAUAAAGCAAAUUGCAAAUACAGGUAUCAAAGUCAUCAUAGCAAAUCAAAAUAUCGGCGAAUUACCUCUUCAUUACUUGAACAGAUACAACAUUUUAGCAUUAAGAGUUCCAUCAAAAUUCGAUUUAAGGAGAAUCUGUCGUGUUUGCGGUGCAACUCCUUUAGCAAGACUAGGCCCUCCAAUGCCAGAAGAAAUGGGUACUAUAGAUAUUGUUCAAACAAAAGAAAUCGGUGGUGAUAGAGUAACUGUCUUUCAACAAGAAAAUGAUACCUCCUUAACUUCAACUAUUGUAAUUAGAGGAGCAACUAAAAAUAACUUGGAUGACAUUGAAAGGGCCAUUGAUGAUGGUAUUAGCGCUAUAAAGGGCUUGACAAAAGACCAGAAUUUAUGUCCAGGUGCUGGUGCAACUGAAACCCAUUUGUACCAUUUAUUAAAUCAAUUUGGUGAUAAUAGCUCCGACAUUUUACAAUUGCCAAUUAAACAAUUUGCUAAAUCUUUCGAAAUAAUUCCAAGAGUAUUAUCCGACACUGCAGGUUUAAAUACAACCGAAGUUUUACCAAAAUUAUUUGCAAAACAUAGUCUUGUCUCUAAUAAGAAACAAGCUGAAAAUGAUAGUGAAAAUAAUAACGAAGCUGAUGAUGGGUUGUUUUAUGGUAUUGAUAUUGAAAAUGAAAACGGUGAUGGUAUAACAGAUAUCAGAGAAAAUGGAAUUUACGAUUUAUUGUGCUCAAAGAAAAAUGCCAUCAGUCUAGCUACUGAGGCUGUUAACACCAUAUUGUCUGUUGACCAAAUCAUUGUCGCUAAAAGAGCUGGUGGUCCUCAAAUGCCACAGCAACCAAAACCUGGUAAUUGGGAUAUGGCUGAUUAAUUUUUAUAAACCUAUAGAAUAUUUAUAAUUGAAACACCUUUUUUUCAUUAAUUUUCAGUAUAUUAAUACUAUUUCACUCGUAUAAUGGAUUAAAUUUGGUAUUUCAAAUUAAUAAACCCGC